CGAUAACUUCAAACGGCAAAAAUUUCCGGAGUUUGAGGAUCCACCGCCCCUCAUUUUCCCCUCAUCCGAUUUCUUCCCCUCAUCAUUGUUGAUAUAAACCAUCCACCUUCCCCUAAACUACUAUCACACACUCUCUCCAUCCCAACUAUCCCCCCAAAGAAAAGGUAUACACCAUGUCCGUCACAACAAAAGCCACCAUCGCCUCCUUCGGCGGCAAGCUCCUCAAGCUCACCCACGCCGCCACCUCCACCAAAUGUGAAAUGGGCUUCAACCUCUACCUGCCCCCUCAAGCCUUCCAGAACCCCUCCUCCAAGGUCCCCGUCCUCAUCUAUCUCUCGGGUUUGACCUGCACCGCCGAGAACUGCUCAGAGAAGGGCUUCUUCCAGCACGGUGCGAGCAAGAAAGGCAUUGCCGUGCUGUAUCCCGAUACGAGUCCUCGCGGCCUCAACAUCCCCGGCGAAGCCGACAGCUACGACUUCGGCACCGGUGCGGGCUUCUAUGUCGACGCGACCAAGCCGCCCUACGACAACGGAUACAACAUGUACACGUACAUCACAGAGGAAUUGCCCGCUACGGUGUUUGCCGCGUUCCCGCAGCUGGAUAGUGAGCGGGUGAGUAUUACGGGUCAUAGUAUGGGUGGACAUGGGGCUUUGACUUUGUUCCUCCGCAACCCCGGCAAAUACAAGUCCGUGUCUGCGUUCGCACCCAUCACCAACCCGAUUAACUGCCCGUGGGGGCAAAAGGCCUUCUCGGGAUACUUUGGGGAGGAUCAGCAGGAGAAGUGGAAGGAGCACGAUGCUACGGAAUUGGUGAAGAAGUGGAAGGGUGGGAGGUUGGAUGUUUUGAUUGAUGUUGGCACCGGAGACAACUUUUACAAGCAGGGCCAGCUUCUUCCUGAGAACUUUGAGAAAGCUGCCAAGGAGGCCGGCGUGGAGGGCGUGACGAUUCGGUAUCAGCCUGAUUAUGAUCACAGUUAUUAUACUAUGGCUACGUUCUCGGAUGAUCAUGUGGAGCAUGCGGCGAAGUUCUUGUUUGCUUAGUGGGUUUCUCUUCCCUUUUUUAUUUUAUUACAGGUCUAUGUGUUGUGACUAGACUGGUCUAUAUUUUGUAAAAUGAAAUUAUGCAAGUUCGUGUGUGUGUGACUGUUCUGAUAGUGUGAAGCGAC